AUGGCUUUCUUACUCAACAAAACGAGCUUCUCUCAGCUUCGUCUCCAUCCCCAGAAGGCUGAUGAUUCGCUAUCAUUAUCGAGACGCGGGUUUCAUGUCGAACCAGGGGCUCGCGAGAAGGCUCUUUUGGCUGAGGACCCAGUGCUAAAGCGCUUCAAAUCACACAAGAAAGGUGUGUGGCGUCUUAAGAGACUGGGGGAUGUUCUAACUAUUGUUGUUGUAGCCGGAUGUUGCUACGAGAUAUAUGUUAAGGCAGUAAUGCGAGAAGAGGCUCGCAAACAGGGAAGUGGAAGUGGAAGUGGUGGUGGUGGUGGUGGUGGUGGUGGUGGUGACAGUCACUGA